AUUAGUCCAGAUCACUAUGACAUCACCACAACCAUGCUCAGUCUAAUACGUAAGAGGUUAUAUAGCACCUCGUGGAAACUUGUCCCACGUUGUCCUCUGCCUGAAUAUGACACCGGAUGUACCCAUUGUCAACCGACCUCUUUCCCCAACGGAUUAACUGUUAAUUUCGAACGAGAAUUGAACAACACCAAAGUGGUUCCUUUUAAACAUGUGCUUAUUCUAAGUCAUGGAUAUACUAGUUUUGAUAACAUGCCAUCGGGAAUCACGAGGAUUCAUGGUGGGUUAGCUCAUUAUAUUAAUCAGUUCGAGGCUGAGUUCCGGAAUAAGAAUCAUCAAGUUCAAGUCUCUAAUAUCAUUCUAUCAAACCAUAAACAAGUGUUGGAGAAGUUUGAUAUAUGUGGAAAGCAUGAAGAACAGCUCGUUUACGUGUAUCCUGAUAGCAAGAUCGUCAAGUUUCAAACCAAGCAUGUUGGUGAUUUUGUUCAUAAAUAUUUGAAGCAAGACGAAUCGUGUGAGCAAGCCAUAGAAACCUGUACAGAAUAUAAAAUGGAAAAAGAUUUGGCUUUGAUCUGUGGCCAUACCCUCACCGAUGCCCGUUGUGGAAUAUUAGGUCCAUUGCUCGAGGAUGAGUUCCUUAAAGUUCUCGAACGAGAAGACCUAGUAGAUAAAGUGGAAGUUGGAUUGGUGAGUCAUAUUGGUGGACACGCGUAUGCUGGGAACGUGAUCUAUUUCCCCAAAGAAUGUGACUCGUCCAAGGACAUGAUUUGGUAUGGGAGAGUAUUUCCUAAAGAUGUCCAAGGAAUCGUUAAUCAAACUAUCAAGAAUAAGCAUAUUCUUCAAGAUUUGUUGAGAUCCGAUCCUAAAUUGUAUAAAUAGCCUAGCUGUACAUAGUUUAACAGGUUUUGCGCUUGUGAUAUUCAAAGUUUACUAUAUUGUAACAUUUAUGGCCCAACAGUUAUUAAGCUGUAUCUCUUGCAACCUUUAAUUAGUGGAGUGUUGUCCGUUUUAGGAACUGUUCUAUAUCAUACCAUUGGUCUGUAUAGAAAUUUGUUGGUUUGGUGCUUAUUGUUUUAAAUUAAUAUGGUCUGAUAUUAUUGUGGCACCGCAGGGCCUUCCAUUGUUAUCUAUGAGCAGGUUAUUUAGCUAAAUGAGUAAUUGAUCAAAUGGUACAAUUAGGAUUCCCAAACUGGUUAAAAGAAAUAUGCUCUUAGGUUGCUAGAUAGUAAUAACUGAGAAAUCAGAUGUUCCAAAGAUUCCAGAAAAUAGGACUAUAAAUACUUGGGAAUCUUGGGAAUUUCAACUUGGAAAUUAUGUAUUCUUUUCUUUAGUUUUUAUCAAGUUUCUAUUGAGUUUCUAUUAAGUGUUUAGAAAGUUGUUAUCUUAGAUAGAAAUCCACACAGAAGUAACUCCAUAAUAAAACAACAAACAAUAAGGAGCGCAAAUGGUUUAGUGGUAAAAUCCAACGUUGCCAUCGUUGGGCCCCCGGUUCGAUUCCGGGUUUGCGCAUUUCUUUUUAAUUUUUUACUUUUUCGUACAAAGUUAUAUUGAUUUAGAAGGUUUUAGAUAGUUAUAGCUAAGGAAAGUCUUGAAACCAUGUCAAAUUGACAAUUUAAACUUUAAUGCUUGUCGUACCCCCCCCCUCUACCUUAUCUAAUAUAUGAACCGAAAAGUGGCAGGUAGAAGAGAUCCUAUUACUAAUAAAAUAAACUUAUUAGGCUGAGAAAUAGACUAACCGAAAGCAAGGCUUUCAUCUAGCUUUCUUCCUACGAUUCAGAUUUGUCAAUAUUUACUAAUAGAUCCCCCAAUUCAGAUAAGCAUGGAUUAAAAUUGGUGUUGUGAAAAAAAACGAUAAUUUUUUCGCGAUACAGUGUGGAUCAAAGCUAAUUCACCGCCACGUUCCAUGAGCCACCUAAAAGAAUUGGAUGUACGCGGAGAUAUUUCUAGACCUUCGGUAAAACUACAAGUGAAUUGGACAAAAAUAUUGCAUGAAAGAACAAUGAAAUCAUAAAGGAAGUUGCAAUCAAAAAAAAAGCAGAUGGCUCCAAUUUUCAGUCAUUAUAUUCAUUAUAAAUUAAUGACUAAUAAGAAAAAUUGCAGGGCAUUUGUAUCACAAUAAGUGCGGAAUUAUUUUUCCACAAUAGUGGAAUCUACCCGAGAACAUAAUGGGCAAUACGAAUUAUCCUAUCUAUUGAUUCCCCCACUCUUGUGAAUUAGUGGUUUCCAAUCUAUAGUACUGAAUGGCUAUAUUUAUUAGUUGAAAGGAGAAAUCGUGUUUAAUGCCGAUAUUUUUUAUUGAUAUUACGUCUGUAAUAUUUUUAGUGUUUGCGCUACGUAUUGAACAUGCAUAUAAAAAUAUAAACUGAUAAAAUCAAUGAUGAUAUCAUCAUAAUAAAAAUCAAUAACAAAAGAAAAUCAAAGUACACAAAUGGUAUUAUUACGAAGCUAAAGUCCGCUUGGGAACACCCCCUCCCCCCACACACAAUUUAAUCGAGAGUUUCAAAUUAAGCUUUAUGGUUGGGUAGAGGCCAAUGAGUUUUAAAUGUAGGCUUUUAGUAAAUUAACUCUCGUUUGCUACCGGGUUUCUCAAAAGGAUAAACCCGAAA